CAAGAACGCCAACUCAGAGAGAGAGGGGUCUCUUGACUUGUGAAAGUUUCAAGAAUCCCCAUAGGUCUUCCUUUUCCUGGCGGUACUCCGACAGAGGAACUCCAUAAACACAUUCGGAUUGGUCUCAUGGUCAAGGAGUGCAUUAAUAACUACAUGAGCAAGGAUGAAACACAGAGAUAUCUACAGAGUCGGUAUCAAUUCACACGUCAAGAUAUCAACGAAGCUUGGGGUCUUCUUGAACGUAAAAAUCCAGACUCCUUAAGAUUACACAAUGAAAGGAUCCGUCAGCGCAACCUAAGGACCUGUGAGCGUGUUGCAUCAAGUUCGCCACGAGAGGGAACUUCAGCUAUACAGGGAGAGCAAGAGAAGCAACGUCUAUCUCCACCACCUCCUCCUUCUGCUCGCCGCCCAUUUUGGAAUUCUCCAAAUGUCCAGAGAUACGCUGCUGCAUCACCUCAAGUGCCGCAAGAAGCAGCUAAUAAUGCUAAUGCUCUAGAGAACCAAAACCUUCAAGCCUCUCCAGCUUACCCCAACGACUUUUGGCAGCAGCUUUUGAAUACUUUGGACCAGAUUCAGAGUAAAACACGGCAUUUGAGUGCUUUGCGUGAGAUUAAGAUUAGUACAGAUCAGACGGUCGAGCUACUGACUGAUGGACAUGGAUUUGGACCACAUCCUUCUGCUGCCAGAUCCUCCCAGAGACAGCGACUUGGGGAAGCAGAAGAGAGAGGUGGUGAUGGAGAAACAGAGAAGCUGCAGAAGAAAGAGGAAGGUAACAUUAAAGAAGCAGAGAAGAAUGAGAGAGGUGACUCAAUGAAGAAGUAGAGAAGCUGCACGAUUAGAAUCUACAGUUGCCACAAUAAACGCAUGCACAGUUCUUACAUUAGCAUAGUUUUUUUUCAUAUUGCGUAUGACACAUAUACAUGUUGCUUACUUUCUUAUUAUCAUCCUAGAUGCUACUACUAGUACUAGCUAUGCUGUUUGGAAAAACAUUGGGGGAGCAAUUUUAUCGUGUUUCUCGAAGCUUUGUAUUGUGGAGGAGGGAUAAACAUGUAACAAGUUACAAUCUGAUGGAGUUUUUUUCAUAAUUCAGUUAAUACUGUAGUUUUUAACCCAUCUUUUCUGAUACAAAUAUUUAAAUGUCACACAUAGGUACUAUAACUUUUAAGUACCUAGCGUUAACACACACAAAAAACCAAGAUAAUUGAAUGAAAACUGACUCUAGAUUUGUAAUA